AUGAGCAUGACCACAAAAUCUUCGCCGAGACUCUCCCCGUUCCAACGUCUUCCUGGGGAGUUGCGGUGGGCAAUCUACGAACACGUCUUUACCGUUCACAGAGUUGAAGUCCUGCGAUUAAAGGACAAGGACCCGAAGAAACAUGCUAAGAGAGUCCACUACCGCCUCUACCAACGCCAGCUCCGGCCUCGCAACCCUGGCACACAAGUAAUUGACAGCCGCAGUCCGCGCUACCCGAUUCCCUUCGCGCUCCUACUUACAUGCCGCAGCAUGUACCGCGAUACGCUGUGCUUGUUCUAUGCCAGGACGCAGUUCAUCUUCAAUACUACCCGGACCCUUGCUCGCUUCCUUAAAAUUACCAACCAAGACGCGCAACUAGCAGUUCAACACGUCGAGCUCAAUCACGUUAUGUACAGUGAACCUGCACUGCUACAUAAUCGUUGGUGGAAGGCCAUGAGCGACAUGGCGUGGUAUAACGCCUGUGAUGAUCUGAGGGUCUAUUGCAAAUCACUGAAAGUCUUGCAUGUCGACAUGUCCAUACGGGAUUGGCCCAUAGAUCUCAUAGUGGGGGAAUUGUGGUCACUGCCCCUUCUUGCAUUUGCGCGGUAUGGACCGGUCAUGGACUGGGUCGAUAUCCGACUUCACAUGCCCAGAUUCCAAGAGGACAAACUUGCAGAGGCAGCUCGUGAACUUGAGGAAAAGAUCAUGAAGCACACAGCCUUUCAGAUUCGUCGAGAUGAGCGACUGGCCAGAGAAUUGGCAGGACCAGUCAAGGCCAAGGUUCUGCGACUUGUUUUCUAG